CAUGCUGUUGCCCGUUCAAUGGACAGCACUUAGGAGGCUUGUCUGGACCGUAUCCGCUCGCUCGCUCGCACGCUGCGCCCCGGCUCUCCACCGUCGGCUCUCCAGGUUCACAGGGACUCACGCGGCUCAGGGAGCUGGCCUGGGUCUCCUGCACACAUGGAGGGAGACGUUAUGGACAAAGUGGAGGCCACGGCGACGGUCCGUGAUUUCGACCCCAUCAGUGGGAGCAUCCCGGCCACCAAAGUAGAGAUCACCGUAUCUUGCAGGAAUCUCCUGGACCGCGACACUUUCUCCAAAUCCGACCCAUUGGUGGUGCUGUACACGCAGGGCGUCGAGUCUAAACAGUGGAGAGAGUUUGGGAGAACAGAGGUGAUAGACAACACGCUAAACCCAGACUUUGUCAGGAAGUACAUCCUGGACUACUUCUUUGAGGAGAAGCAGAACCUGCGCUUUGACGUGUAUGAUAUUGAUUCUAAAAGUCCAGAUCUGGCAAAACAUCCAACCGACUUUAACGACUUCCUGGGACAAGUCUUCUGUACACUGGGAGAGAUUGUUGGCUCACCUGCCAGCCGCCUGGAGAAACCCCUGGGUGGCAUACCUGGGAAGAAAUGUGGGACCAUUAUUCUGUCUGCGGAGGAGCUGGGGAACUGCAGAGACUACGCCACCAUGCAGUUCUGUGCCAACAAACUAGAUAAAAAAGACUUCUUUGGAAAGUCAGACCCCUUUAUGGUCUUCUACAGAAGCAACGAGGAUGGCACGUUCACCAUCUGCCACAAGACUGAAGUGGUGAAGAGCACGCUGAACCCUGUGUGGCAGCCCUUCUCCAUCCCUGUCAGAGCGCUCUGCAACGGAGACUACGACAGGACAAUCAAAAUAGAGGUGUAUGACUGGGACAGAGACGGGAGCCACGAUUUCAUCGGUGAAUUUACCACAAGCUACAAAGAGCUAUGUCGAGGCCAGAGCCAGUUAAACGUCUACGAGGUGGUGAAUGCCAAGAAGAAAAUAAAGAAAAAGAGAUACAUCAACUCUGGGACGGUGUCCUUGUUGUCAUUCAAUGUGGAGUCGGAGCACACCUUCCUGGAUUACAUCAAAGGAGGGACUCAGAUUCACUUCACAGUGGCCAUUGAUUUCACCGCAUCAAAUGGAAAUCCGUCCCAGUCCACUUCACUGCACUACAUGAACCCGUACCAGAUGAAUGCCUAUGCCAUGGCCCUGAAGGCUGUGGGAGAGAUCAUCCAGGACUAUGACAGUGAUAAGAUGUUCCCUGCUCUGGGAUUCGGUGCUAAGCUGCCCCCUGAUGGGAGGGUCUCCCAUGAGUUCCCUCUGAAUGGCAACAUUGAAAACCCAUACUGUAACGGCAUGGAGGGGAUUCUCGAAGCUUACCAUCAAAGCCUUAAGACAGUUCAGCUGUAUGGACCCACCAACUUUGCUCCUGUCGUUAAUCAUGUGGCAAGGUAUGCAGCUGCAGUGCAGGACGGGUCUCAGUACUUUGUUCUGCUCAUCAUCACUGAUGGCGUCAUAUCAGACAUGGCUCAGACCAAGGAGGCUAUCGUGAAUGCAGCUAAACUCCCCAUGUCUAUCAUCAUUGUCGGAGUCGGCCAAGCUGAAUUUGAUGCUAUGGUUGAGCUGGAUGGUGAUGACAUCAGGAUUUCCUCGCGGGGAAAGUUGGCAGAGAGAGACAUUGUGCAGUUUGUCCCAUUCAGAGACUACAUGGACCGCACAGGCAACCACGUGCUGAGCAUGGCGCGGCUGGCUAAAGACGUCCUGGCCGAGAUCCCUGACCAGCUGAUCUCCUCCAUGAAGAGCAGAGGUAUUAAACCUAACCUUGUCCCACCGGCUUACUCACCUGGCGACCACCCGCACACCAACCCCGUCUGAGCCCCACACACAGCUUUGUGAGGGUUGGGGCAGCGUCGUAAGAAUGGCGGGAACCUGCCUCCACUUUGGGAAAACGGAAAUGAGGCCCUUUCAUAAAUGUUAAUUCGGCUAAACAAAAAGAUGAUGAGACUCCAUUUUGUUUUGGAGAAAUGUAGCUGCUUUGGGUGAACCUGCUGAUGAUCAGGGAGUCUUUUUUUUUUCUCUUGGAGAGCUCGAGGAUGAGAGCGCUGAGGGGAGCCCGGCGUAGAAGGAGCCUUUAGUUGUUCGCUGUCAAACCUGUCAAAGUGGUGAUGUAAUGGAUAACAAGUAAACCCGUAGAAAGAGCCUGUUUGAAGGCAUAAAUAUAUUAGAAUGUGACAGUGUGUAUCAUGUUUGUGAUACCUUUUGGAAAUCGGUGUGCAUAAACUAGGAAAUCAUGUGUAUAAUUAUUUAUUUAUUUAAUUAUUGCAGAAAUGAUUUAUUCCUUUGAGGGGGGUUUAAAGGGAGGGGGAUUAAAGUCAUAUUUUCCCUGUAGUUUUCCAUCUUAUAUUUUGUGACCAGUGUCAUGAAAAAAAAAGAAAUCCCCAUUUCUACUUUGAUAAGGACUGUAAUAUAAAAGCAUGUGAUAAAAACUAUUCAACAGUUUAUGACUAAUUUUCACUGAUGGAUAAUUUUUGAUUGCAAGCAGUUAUGUAGAGGACCUGCUGUGAGCUGUUGCCAUACUGAUUUUCCAGCACCAUGUCUUAUACGUCUUUCUAAUAUUUAUAAUAACAGAAUGCACUAGUGUCCAAAUAAAAAGCACAAAGGUUAUAGUGAUAAUAAGCUCAAAACCAUAUUUUAAAGGAACAGCUGCCACGAUGAAAAUAAUGGAAAGCACCCCACGUCGUCUUUUCAACGCAGCUUUAACAUUAUUUUAAACA